AUGCCAGCAGAUGGGGCAUUAUGCAAGAUUUUGUCCUCAGAGGAAAUUUGUGAACAGAGUGUGAAUUCUUUUUCUUCUGCACCCACCAAGAAGUCACAGGCAACUGGGAAGGUAUUUGCACUAACAGCUGAGGAAGUUGAGGUUGCACCUGAAGUAGUGACACGUAUAGUGCUUGUCUCUAAUAUACCAGCAUAUGUAUUGUUUGAUUCUGGGUUAUCUCAUUCAUUUGUAUCUUCUAAUUUUUCUCCAAGGUUAGGUGUGAAACUUAAAAAGUUAACUUAUCAAUUGAUGUUGAAAGAAGCCAGAACAUUCUGUAAGAUUGAUUUGAGGUCAGGGUAUCACCAGCUGAAGAUCAAGGACAGUGAUAUCCAGAAGAUAGCUUUUAGAACUAGGUAUGGCCACUAUGAAUUUGUGGUUAUGCUAUUUGGACUGACCAAUGCACUAGCAACUUUUAUGGGAUUGAUGAAUAGAGUGUUCCAUGAUAUGUUAGAUCAGUAUGUGAUUAUAUUUAUUGAUGAUAUAUUGAUCUAUUCCAAGAGUAGAGAGGAUCAUGCAGUUCAUUUGAGGUUAGUAUUACAGAGGUUGAGAGUGAAGCUGUUGUAUGCAAAGUUUAGUAAAUGUGAAUUCUGGCUAUCACAAGUGAAUUUCUUGGGGCACAUUGUAUUUGCUAAGGGUAUUGAAAUUGAUCCUGGAAAAGUGAAAGCAAUAUUAGAUUGGGAGUCACCUAAGACUAUAAGGAAAGCCAAUGUAGUAGCAGAUGCUCUUAGCAGGAAACAUAAAGUUACUACAUUAGCUGCACUUAGUGCAAACCCUAUAUUGAUUGAAGAGGCAAGAGAGUUGGGUUUAGAGCUCGACUUCCCCUGCACCAACAACAUUGCUGAAUAUGAAGCAUAUGCAUUGGGACUGGAAAUAACAUUGACCAUUGGGGUGAAGAAGAUCAAGGUAUAUGGUGACUCGAUCAUCGUCAUUUGCCAAACUCAAGGUAAAUGGAAGACCAGGGAUGAAAAGCUGAAACCAUACCAGGAACACCUAGAGGAGAUGAUCAAGCACUUUGAGGAGAUCUCCUUUAUAUACUUCCAAAGAGAUAAUAACCGGUUUGCAGAUGCCCUCUCCACAUUGGCAUCCAUGGUGGAGUGCAAUCCCAUAGCACGGGUUCGACCAUUUAUUGUAGAAGGAAGAGAUAAAGCCAUAUACCAAAGCGUUGUGAAUGCCCUCACGGUGGAUGGAAGGUCGUGGCUUGCCUGUAUAAUUGAUUAUAUCAGGGAAAGAAGGUACCUGACUGAAGCCACUGAGGGAGAAAAGAAGUUCUUGAGGAAGUGUGCCACCCACUUUAUCCUACAGGGAGAUAUUUUGUACCAAAGAUCGUAUGAUGGGAUACAACUGCUAAGAACCAUCAUGGAAGAAAUUCAUCAAGGUCUCUGUGGACCUCACAUGAAUACAAGAAUGCUAGCAAAGAAGAUUCUACAGUUGGGAUAUUAUUGGAAUACAAUGGAAGCAGAUUGUGUAAAUUUCAUCAAGAAAUGUUACAAUGCCAGAUCCUUGCCAACAACAUACAUAUUCGCCAACGAAAUUGCAUUCGUUUAG